AUGAAUUACAAAUAAAGGGAUGCCCCAUCCUUUUUGAAUAAAUAUCUAUAAAGAGAUGUAAACCCUAAGAGACCUUUUGAGAGCUAAAAUAAAUCUUAUUAAAAAUAUGAUGUAUCUCCAUUAAUAAAGCAACCUGUUAGAAAAACAUUAGAGUUGAAUUUUUCAAGUUUGGAAGAACAGUCAUUAAAAAAAUAAACUGUCUUACCUAACUAUGAACCAACAAAAUGUUCAUCAGGUCGAAAUGGAAUAAUUAGAGGAUAUGCUGCAAAUACUAAUUAAGGAAUAGUUAGAGAUUAUAAUGAAGAUAGAGUUUCUAUAAUAUUAAAUAUUGUGAAACCAUAAAAUAGAGCAACAGAAAAUUGGCCAAAAUGUUCAUUUUUUGGAGUUUAUGAUGGACAUGGAGGAGCAGCUUGUGCUGAUUUUUUAAGAGAUACAUUACACCAAUUUGUAAUAAAAGAGCCUGAAUUUCCAUGGAAUCCUGUAGGAGCAAUAAAAAAAGGAUUUGAAGCAGCAGAAAAUCAUUUUUUAGCUUAUGCUUUAGAUUAAUACUCAAAAGGUAUUCCAGAAAGAAGUGGUUCUUGUGCAAUAGUUUGUUUAAUUGUAGGAGAUGUUUGUUAUGUUGCUAAUGUUGGAGAUAGUAGAGCUGUACUUAGCUCUUAAUAAGGUAAAAGAGUGAAUAAUUUAUCAAUUGAUCAUAAACCAGAAACUGAGGUUGAAAGAAUUUAAAAAGGAGGAGGAAAAAUAUAUUAAACAUAAGGAAUUAAUGAAGAAGGAACAUAAGUUACUGGACCAGUUAGAGUUAUACCAGGAAGAUUAUCAGUCUCAAGAACUUUUGGUGAUAUAGAAGCUAAAUUUGAAUAAUUUGGUGGAAAUUCAAAAGUAGUUAUAUCUGAACCAGAUGUCAAAAUAUUUAAAAUUAAUUAGGAUCAUGAUUUUAUAGUUAUGGGAUGUAAUGAUAUUUAACAUUAUUCUAGGUGAUGGUAUUUUUGAUAAAAUGACAUCAGCAGAAGUUAUUAAUAUUAUUUGGCAAGAUAUAUAAAAUAAUAAUAAAUCCAAUUUACAUUCAAUUCUAUCAACAUCAGUCGAUUCUGUAUUGAAAGAAGCUAUUUAUAAAAAAAGUAGUGAUAAUGUUACUUUAUUAAUUGUGGCCUUUUAAAUUAAUUAACAAAAAGAAGAAUUGAAAGAAAUCAAAUAAACUUAUAGCAAUUCUGUUGAAAGAAUCGAAGAAACAUAUCAUAUCAAUAGCAAACAAAGAAUUAGGUAAAUUUUCAUUUUAAUUAUUAAGUCAAUAAAUACCCAAAAGAAAUGAUGAAAACUUUUCUUAAUUUAGUAGUUUAAAUUAUUGCAAUCAAAAUCCUAGCAUUCAUAAUAAUAAUAAAUCAGCUUUAGUCUAAAAUUUCCAAAAUAGGAUUUUAAAAUAAUAAAUUAAAAAGCCUUGUCUUGAUGAAGUAACAAAUAAAAUAAAAACUAGUUAUAUCAUUUGA